AAAUAGGUGAUGCCCAUUAUCACAUAAGAUAAGAUUUGGUUCAAUUAUAAAAGCAAGAAUGUGCGUUUAUGAAUUAUCAUUUGUAUCCCAGGCAAUUUCUAAAAUGCAAGUACUUAUUGCUUUAGUGUUGGCCUUCACGGCGAUUGCAGCCGUUCCACAAAGUCAACAAAGGAUUAUUGGCGGUUCUGGUACAACCAUUAGCAACUACCCUGAGGUUGUCGCGUUGUUGCACUCCUGGGGAACAACAGGCCAUAGGCAUGCUUGUGGAGGGAUAAUCCUCAACAACAGAUCAAUCCUCACUGCUGCUCGUUGCGUAUAUCAAACCUCACCUCAAGAAUGGCGCACUCGUGCCGGAUCAACCAACGCACAUUCCGGUGGUGUCACAUAUUUAACCUCCUUUAUCAUCCAACACCACUUCUACAAUAUUUACAAUAGAGACUACGACAUAAGCAUCAUGCGGGUCUCCUCCAAUAUAAACUUUGGUACUACAAUUCAACAAGCAUCCAUUGCAGGCCCUAACUACGUUUUACCGGACAAUCAAGCAGUUUGGGUAGUUGGUUGGGGAUAUACAAAUGCGCAAGGUUCUCCAUCUGAACAACUGAGACAUGUCCAGAUUUGGACCGUGAACCAGAACCUCUGCAGUGCUCGUUACACCGAAUUGGGUAAUAUUAUUACUAGCAACAUGUUAUGCGCUAGUUGGCUGGACGUAGACAAUUAUGGCAAGUGCUACGGUGACUUCGGUGGUCCGUUGUACCACAACCGGGUCGUCGUUGGCGUCAGCUCCUGGAGUCAAGGCUGCGCUCAGGCUCGCUACCCUGGUGUUUACACUCGUGUAUCCAAUUUCAUUCCUUUUAUUCAGAGCAAUGCAUAAAUGUGUUUAAGUAAUUGUCCAAAAAUUUUUUUUAAAAAUUCUUCGAACUUCAACAAUAUUUUUUCAAUUUACACAAUCUGAAUUGCAUUAACUAAUUAAUUAAAACUGCGUAGGAUAGCGCGUUCCAGGGCACGUUUAGCUUACUAUGCGUGCCCUGAACCCAUAUCCAUACUCAUAGUAUCUCUUGGGGGGUACUGUUAUAUCGUAUUUAAUAUUACAGCCAUAUAAAAAUAAAAAUGCUGAUGCAUUCCUAUUGCAUUUACGUCAAUGGAAUAGGAAUCCACCUCAAUCACGGGUAAUUCAACCUUACUUUGAGUUAGUACAGAUUGGACUCGCGUCCGGGAAACGCCUAUUAUUACUUUCUUAAAUAAAGUAGUGUUAAUUUGUGAAUAAAUUGUUUUUUAAAUAACCUUUCCUAACCUGCCUCAUAACAAUACCCUUAGCUACUUUUAUAUGGCGUUUCACAGUACGUGUAGCCUAAUAGGCGUACCCUGGAACGCGCUAUCCGUGCGCAGCUUUAAAGUUAUGUUUAUCGUAAAAUAAAUAGAUCAUAUCAUUUUACAUUUUUUUUGUGAUUUUGUUUUGAUUUGACGUUGAUUUUUGUUUUUCUAGUCUUAUUGUAAAUAAAAAAAUUAAUACGUAAUUAAUUAAAAAUAAAUGUUUUAUUUUUAUUAGAAAAAAUAUCACAAUUCAACUUAUUUAAGUCAUAACAUUGCAUAAAUAUAAUUCGAUAAAGAAAACUGCUAUAAUUCUUUGUUGUCGUCAUUUCGUAGAAUGAAAGUCACUGCAUAAAUUGUUCAAAAUAUCUUUAUUACACGAUGACUACGGUACAACUUAUCGAACAUAUUUUAUUAUUUUAUAAGUAUCUUUAAGUAUAGAUAGCAAAGCAUGUACGGUAGCAUCAGCACAGAUAAGCACUCCAAGGACACGACAGUAAAAGAAACUUUAUUAAAAAAAUAUGAUCGGAAUGGGAAGUUUAUUGUUUUUUUUUAUUCUAUAUAAUUUAAAAAAAUGCAAAAUAUACAAAGUAACAGUGAAGAAACCAUUUAACUAUCGCUAAAAAUAGCAAAAUAACAGAACUUAAAAAUGGCGCAUGAACAAAAAUUAAACAUAAGCGAAGUUCAAUGUACUACGUACUCUAUGCUCCAAAGUCAAAAACAUAAUGUAAAAAGUCACUGCGGUCGGGGCACAGUUCUGUGGAACAUACAAUUUUACAGUAUGGACAACAAAGUAGGUAGAUACCAAACAUCAUGGCUCGUGCAAGCGACUUUUGAUAGAAUAGUGAAUUCCGUCAAAAGUAAAACGUAAU